AUCAUAUUGAGAAGGUCUGAAUAGGGAGGUGUGACGUAAAGAGAGGACCCAAACGCAGGUGCUUAUCUCUAAGCAGUCAAAGGCACUGGAUGUCAUAUCAUGGGAACUACCUUUCAAAGAAACAGCUUUAGUGUUUCCGCUCAGCACACAAGGCAAGAGAGAAAUAUAAGUUUUGGAAACAAACAAAAAAAGCCUUAAAUUUUGUGAGAUUCCUUGAAGAAUUGUGAAAAUUCCAUUUUAUAUGGCUGAGUGCUCAUAUCCAGCAUAAGCAAUGGAAAUGCUCCAGUUCAAAUCCAAUGAAUAUUAGGGAAGAUGGAUGCAGAGGCUGAAGAUAAAACGCUGCGUACCCGCUCUAAAGGAACCAAGGUGCCAAUAGAUUCUCUAAUUCAGGAGCUCAGUGCUGCAUAUGAUUGCUCCAUGGCGAAGAAGAGGAGAGCUGCAGAGCAGGCUUUGGGCGUCCCAGUCAACAAGAGAAAAUCCCUGCUAAUGAAGCCCCGACACUACAGCCCAAACCUGGACUGCAGAGAAGAAUGUGAUGACAGGACCCAGGCGGAGGAGGAAGAUGGCUUCGCAGAAGCCAGCGAUCACACUGCCACAGAGGAAAUCAUGAUAAAACCUAUGGAUGAGAACCUUCAUUCGACUGCACAAGAAAACUCCAAUGGGAAGGAAGACAGAUAUGGCUGCUAUCAAGAGCUCGUGGUCAAAUCUUUAAUGCACUUGGGAAAAUUUGAAAAAAAUGUGUCUGUUCAGACCAUAAGUGAGAAUUUAAAUGACAGUGGCAUCCAGUCUCUAAAAGCAGAAAGUGAUGAAGCUGAUGAGUGCUUUUUGAUUCAUUCUGAUGAUGGAAAAGAAAAAAUUGAUGAUUCCCAGCUUCAGUUCUGCUCCUCAGAUGACAGUGAAAGUAACUCUGAAAGUGCAGAGAAUGGUUGGGACAGUGGCUCCAACUUCUCAGAAGAAACCAAACCACACAGGGUCCCAAAGUAUAUUUUAGUGGAUAAUAGGAAAGACCUAUUGGAAGUUCCUGAAAUAAAAACUGAAGGUGACAAGUUUAUCUCUUGUGAAAACAUGUGUGAUUCUGAAACCGAAAGGAGAGACCCACAGAAUGCACACGUGGAACCUCUGGAUGGCAAAGCCCAGCUCUCUUUCUCUGGGAUGGAGGAAGAGAAUAAUGAGUGUCUGGCAGCUACGACAGAAGAGUCUGUUGACCUGGAGAAAGCGAAGGGGAACUUGAGUUUGCUGGAGCAGGCAAUUGCUCUCCAGGCUGAGCGAGGUUGUGUUUUCCAUAACACCUACAAAGAGUUGGACAGGUUUCUACUGGAACACCUUGCUGGGGAACGGAGGCAAACCAAAGUUAUUGACAUGGGUGGAAGACAAAUCUUUAACAAUAAACAUUCACCGAGGCCCGAAAAGAGGGAGACCAAGUGCCCUAUCCCUGGGUGCGAUGGCACGGGACACGUGACAGGACUCUACCCCCACCACCGCAGCCUUUCGGGGUGCCCCCACAAAGUGCGGGUUCCCCUGGAAAUUCUUGCCAUGCAUGAAAAUGUACUCAAGUGUCCCACCCCCGGAUGCACCGGAAGAGGGCACGUGAACAGCAACCGCAACACCCACAGGAGUCUUUCUGGUUGUCCAAUUGCUGCAGCUGAAAAAUUGGCAAUGUCCCAGGACAAAAAUCAGCUUGAUUCUCCCAAAACCGGGCAGUGUCCUGACCAGAUUCACAGGACAAGCUUGGUGAAACAAAUUGAAUUCAAUUUCCGAUCACAAGCCAUCACCUCUCCCAGAGCCAUGGUGUCAAAAGAACAAGAGAAGUUUGGAAAAGUACCAUUCGACUAUGCCAGUUUCGAUGCCCAGGUUUUUGGUAAACGCCCCCUCGUACAAACAGGUCAAGGACGAAAAACACCACCAUUUCCUGAAUCAAAGCAUUUUUCAAAUCCAGGGAAAUUUCCUAAUCGACUGCCUAGUGCAGGCGCCCACACACAGAGCCCUUGCCGUGCCAGCUCUUACAGCUACGGUCAAUGUAGUGAAGACACCCACAUAGCAGCAGCUGCUGCCAUCCUGAACCUUUCCACCCGCUGCAGGGAAGCUGCAGACAUCCUCUCCAACAAACCACAGAGUCUGCAUGCCAAGGGAGCCGAGAUAGAAGUGGAUGAAAAUGGCACAUUGGACUUAAGCCUGAAAAAAAAUCGAAUCCUGGACAAAGCUGCACCCCUAACUUCCUCUAACACUUCUGUUCCAACUCCUUCCUCUUCCCCAUUCAAAACAAGCAGCAUUUUGGUCAAUGCAGCAUUCUAUCAGGCUCUCUGUGAUCAAGAGGGCUGGGAUACUCCUAUCAACUAUAGCAAAACUCAUGGGAAGACAGAGGAGGAGAAAGAGAAAGACCCAGUGAGCUCUCUAGAAAAUUUAGAGGAAAAAAAGUUUCCUGGAGAGGCCUCCAUACCAAGUCCUAAACCCAAGCUCCAUGCAAGAGAUCUCAAAAAAGAACUAAUCACCUGUCCAACGCCAGGAUGUGAUGGAAGUGGCCAUGUCACAGGAAACUAUGCAUCCCAUCGCAGUGUUUCUGGAUGUCCUUUAGCAGAUAAGACUCUUAAAUCCCUCAUGGCUGCUAACUCUCAGGAGCUUAAGUGUCCAACCCCAGGUUGUGAUGGUUCAGGGCAUGUGACUGGAAACUAUGCUUCCCACAGAAGUUUGUCCGGCUGCCCUCGUGCCAGGAAAGGUGGUGUCAAAAUGACUCCUACAAAGGAAGAAAAAGAAGACCCUGAACUCAAAUGUCCUGUGAUAGGGUGUGACGGCCAAGGUCACAUAUCAGGUAAAUACACAUCCCACCGCACUGCUUCUGGCUGUCCCCUGGCUGCCAAGAGACAGAAGGAGAAUCCUCUCAAUGGGGCCCCCCUCUCCUGGAAACUGAACAAACAAGAGCUGCCACACUGUCCCUUGCCCGGCUGCAAUGGGCUGGGCCAUGUAAAUAAUGUUUUUGUCACCCAUAGAAGCCUAUCUGGAUGUCCUCUAAAUGCACAAGCCAUCAAAAAGGGCAAGGUCUCAGAAGAACUAAUGACCAUCAAGCUCAAAGCAACUGGCGGUUUAGAGAGUGAUGAAGAAAUUAGGCAUUUGGAUGAAGAAAUAAAGGAACUGAAUGAAUCCAACCUUAAAAUUGAAGCAGAUAUGAUGAAACUUCAGACACAGAUCACAUCUAUGGAGAGCAACCUAAAGACAAUAGAGGAGGAGAACAAGCUCAUAGAACAGAACAAUGAGAGCCUGCUGAAGGAGCUGGCCGGACUGAGCCAAGCUCUCAUCUCAAGCCUUGCUGACAUUCAGCUCCCACAGAUGGGGCCUAUCAGUGAGCAGAAUUUUGAGGCCUAUGUAAAUACACUCACAGACAUGUACAGCAAUCUGGAACGGGACUAUUCCCCGGAAUGCAAAGCUCUGCUGGAAAGUAUCAAACAGGCAGUGAAGGGCAUCCAUGUGUAGGACCACAGCGCUGCCGGCACCGGAAACUACGAACAGCCGGAGGUUGCCGCACUGCAUUUACAAUUGCAACAUUGCACUAAUUUUUUUCCCCCAGCUGACAUAAAAAGGAAAGAAAAACUAUGAUAGACUCUUUGGAUUAAAAGCAAUGCAGUCAAAUACUAGAUCUUAUUUAUUUUCAUAUGUUUUAAUUUUAUUUCUUCAUUGCACUCUUUUGGCUUUGUUUGGUUUUUUUGUAAAGUAUAUGUAAAAUAAAUGUGACAUUUUUAUAUUUUAUUUAUUUCUAAUCGAAGAGUUUUUUAUCUUUUAGCUGCAUUUUGAAGUCUGCCAUAUUUUUACAAGUGUGUUUAUUAAUUUAUUUUCCAAUAGAAUUUAAAUAGAAAUGCGAUUCUCAAAUCACAUAUCUUGCUGGGUUUAAAUGAGAAAAAGAAAAGUGAGACGUAAAUCCUUGUCUAAGGACUGCACUAUGGUCCAGUUUGAUUUUUAUUGCACACUUUUUUUCCUCCCUUUCACUGGCUUUUGUAUUUAUAAAUGGGCUGGCCGUGAGGUGCGGGAAGAAAUAAGCAGAUAGAUGGCGCCCACUAGCGGGAAAUGCGCACUCGCAGAAGCACAGUGUGCUGGGAAACAGCCUGCUCAGAAUUUGUUAGCAAUAAUUAAAUAUAGCAAUCAGCAAAGUAUUCGACUUGGCUGUACGGUUUUAGUUAAUAUGAAUUAUUUAUUUGACAUGUUUUAAAGAAACAUAAGCUUUUUUAGUGAUGCAGAUUUGUCUGUUUGUUUUUCAAGUCAUAUCAGAUAGUUGGCAACUCUUAUCCCAAGAUGAGAAAUAAGACUUGAUGUGACCAGCCAGGCUUUCCUGCCAUAUGUUGGUACAAUAUACAAGUGACAAUAUUGAUGUAGAUUUGUACUUAGCAAAUACAAACACAUCCAAAUGGAAAAUUUUGUAGAUACCAUAUCCCUUGAAAUAGCAUUUAUCUUACUGGGUGAACUGGAAAGGAAUGGGAAAUAUAAUAACACACGAAAAAAAACAUUACUCCGAUCUAAUUACUUUAAACGCUGGUGACAUUGUCUUACCCUCUUUAGGCAACAGGAAAACUUUCAAUUUGAUUUAAAAAAAUCUUUCCAUAGAACUACAAGUGCUACAAAGUAUACACACUCACACCCACAGACACAUACCCACAGAUAGACACACUCACAUAGACUCACACACGCAUGAAAUUGAGCCUGAAAUCUUGAUUUUCUGGAUGGAUCAGAGUUUAGUAGUUGCUAUAGUGAAGGCAAUGUCUAUUUCAGGGAUUGUAAAGUAGUUAAGCAUUGUUUCAAAAGUUUUUUUAUAUUUAUUUUUUUUAAGAAAAAGGUAUAGACAACCAGCUAAACUGCCUUUUUGGUGUGCACACACACCUCGUGUGCAAUGUGCCUCCGUGUAAAUGGACACUUGAACUUAGUGUGGGCUUAAUUUUCUGUGCUAUAACAAAAGUGUUUAUUUUUUAUUAGCCUCAUGGAUAUGUAGAUUGAAUGUGAUGGCACUCACAGGCUUGAUAUAUUCCACUGUUAUUACUGUUACCUGCACAAAUUGAAAGUAAUAUCAACAGUAAUUCCACUUCCAUGACACUGUGGUCAUUGUUAUGUACUAAGUGGGGAUUAUCUUCGGUUUGGGGUUUAUUUGAACCCUUGAAUCUUAGUUUAGUGAAAAUGAAAUGUCUGUUCUUAGGUAGGAACGGUGUUUAUUUAAAAAUCAAUUUUAAAAAAAAGAGCUACCAUAUGUGCUGUCUAUUAUAAAUGGGACACCAAACGAAAUUUUCUAUUAAAGUUAUGUACUUGCAAACAUUUUGCUAUACAGUACUUAAUAGAUGCAUACAAAUAAGUUCACUUAUUACAAAGACAAAAGUUUAAUUUGCUAAAUAUUUUAACAAGUUUGUUAUAUAUUUUAUUUAAUUUAAAAGAAAUCUCUUACCAACCUAUGUAUUUAUUACUAUAAUUUACUAUGACUUCGGGUUAAUUUAUUUGUGUUUGCAUAGUUUGAGCAGACUGUUUUGUGAAGUAUGUUUGUAUUUAUUUGCCUCCUUUGUACUUGAUGUGUUUUGUAAUGUGCACUGAUUUUUUUCCUUUCAACUCUGUUAAUGAUAGAUACUGUAAAUUGGGUCUUUUGUAAACAACAAAAAGGCAAUGAUGUAUGCAUUUUUUUUUAAUUUGAAGUAGCUUGUUUGUAUACUGUUUCUUCAAACAAUUAAUAUUUCUUACAUCAAAGCAACAAAAUUGUGUUCAGUGCUGUACAUUUGGUGUAUGGUAGGAAAUAAAAAUUGAUAAUGAGU